UACAUAGUCUGGACAAGUGGUGGGUUGGCGUUUUGGGCUAGUCAAGGGCUUGGUACUGUCGUCAACCUCAAGGGCCCGUUUGUUUAUCCCAGUAGGGGGCACACUAGCCAUAUCUUGGUCCGACGGUAGUGAAACAGCUGUCAACUAAGAAGAGACAGGAGGUGGGUCCCUCCCUAUGGGGGCGAACGACAUCUCAGUCGAACCCCCCAUAAAUGGGCCACACAACACCGCCUGAUGGAGAAGACAAUGACAACUCAAGCACACAAGAAAAAAAAAAGGAAUGUGAAGCAGAGCCUAAACAGGGCCUACACCACCAAUAAACAACUGAGGAACCUUCAGAAGACACUCCCACACUCCACCCCAGUUCUAAUGUCCACAUGGAUCAACUUACUUAUUUAACUUACCUACCAUGUGGGGUUGUCCGGCCCCGCGGUCCUCACAACCCUUAAGCUCCACAACAACAAAGAUUUCCUAGUGUGUUUCUGUUUUUUCUACGUAGAAUUUUCUGUCUUUUUUCCUCGGGCUAUUAGAAGUGUAGAGAGUUGUAAUAUGAAAAUCCGUGUAUGCAGCAAAAAUAUAAGUAAAGGACUUUCAAUACUACCUCUACAAGAAUGCAUAAAGCUGAGGAACGACAGGUAGAGAUGAAAAAAACUGCUGUGACUGCAGCAGAUGUGGAGGGACAAGCACUCAAAUUCUCUUCAGCGAAUUCUGAUAAAAAACCACAUAAAGUACCUGAUAAAUCCCCUGUCAAUUAUUACCAGCAUGCAGUAGGUGGUUAUGUGCCUGUUUCAACCAAUUACCCUUUCCCAGUAUCUGCAUAUGGACUUGCUCCUUCACAUUAUCCCACACCUUAUGGUAUGUGGAGGAGUCCUUACUAUAAUUCACUGCCUCCAUUGAUUGCUUCAGGGCCAUAUUUUAGUAUGCCGCCACCACCACCUUUUGCCCACAGUCAAGUUUCAGGGCCUCGUACAAGUACUGCUGCGUUGACUAUACCACCAUACUUUGUGCCGUCCUUGUUGGCACCACCUCCGGGGUUUCAACCUAAAUUACCGAGGGUGCCAACCCUUCGUUCAUCUGCUUUUGGCCUUCCUAAUCUUAGUCAACCCCUUGUUAAGACAUCUGCACAUCAAAAGAAAUUGUCAAAUAUUUCCUCAAGUGCUUCUUCAUUUCCCUUGGAUUCACUAAAUAAUUCACCACAAAACUCAACAUCAGAAGGCCCAGCCAGAAAUUCUUCUCCACAAAACUCAACAUCAGAAGGCCUAGCCAGAAAUUCCUCCCCACAAGAUUCAGCAUCAGAAGGCCCAGCCAGAAAUUCCUCGCCACAAAACUCAACAUCAGAAGGCCCUGCCAAAAACUGGACUGUAGGGUUGGCAAAACCCUCAGCGUCAGCACAGAAGGGGCUCCAGGAAAUGUCAAUGAAUAAGGAAAGUGAUAAUCUAAUAAAUGAAAAUUUUGAAGGGGAAAUGCUGAUAAAAGGAUUUGUUAAUGGCUAUAUCUCCAGUGAAACAGAAUGUAUACUAGAAACUAGCAGUAUACUAAAUAUAACCAUUCCAGGCAAUGUUGUGUAUAUCAAUGGUAUAAAAGCUAAUCCAAGAACAAUCUUGAAAGAUACACUUCCUAUUGGGACACCCAUGAAAGCUAUAAUAAAAUUAGAUGAACCAGACAUGGGUAACCAAGGUGAUAAAACACUGAAAAAAUACACUGCUGUGGUUGCAUGGUUUGGAGACAUCCCAUCUCUUAAAAUGUUUUUUCCUUCUCUUACACAGUUUUCUGAAAAACAAGACUGGGAAUGUAGGAGAGAACAUAUGCAUAGCUUGAAAACAUGUUCCAUCAGGAAAGAGGCGUGUUUGGAUGGUACUGAGAUAAGUGAUCAUCAAGAAUGCAGAUUCUCUCAUAUUAUUGGUUACAUUUGGUGGGGAGACAAGGACAGAGGAAUUUUGAGAAUCUAUGAAGAUAAUGGAUGGGGGUCCAAGUUUAGUGGAAUCACAUUUUCCCUCAGUGCCUUGAGGUUUGAAGGACAGCGGAUAAAUUGCAAGCUGCUAUAUCUUCUUCUUGCCCACGUGAACAAAUGUGAAGCUUGGGCACGUAGGAUAGAAACUAAAGUAGUAUUUGGUAUGGAAGUGAAAUGGGAAGCAGUAUAUGUUGAAUGUGGUCACCUUCCCCACUCUCCAGAAAAGUUGUUCUUUGAUACUUUCAGAAGCAAUGCAAGUUACGGUUUAGAUAGUGAGCCCUUGACAGUUGACAGUGACAGUGAGAGUGAGAGUGACAGUGACAGUGACAGUGACAGUAACUCGGAUAAUGAUGAAAACCAAUAUAUAAGGAAAGGAAAACAAAAUGUUAAUCAGUGUAUUAAGGUCAAGCCUGCAGGACACAAAUUAGAUGCUAAUAAAUUGUCCAAUGAUGAAUAUUCCAGAGAGAUGAAAGAAACAAAUAAGGGAAUUGUGUACAUGACAAAUGGCAAAGAAUGUGAUAAAAUGGAAGACAAAAAAGCAGCAAAGGACUCCAGUAAAGGUAAUAAAAAAUACUUGUCAGGGUUACCUAAAGACUUGAAAAUUAGAGGAAAAGGCUAUGCUGGAAAGCAUCUCACAGGAUGCAUUAUGGAACUGUUUUCAGCUGAUGGUGGCUCUGGUGUAGCAAAGUGGAUGAGUAUGGAAUUUGGUGAUAUUUUUAUCAAGUUCAAACAAGAUGAAAUGUACUUUCAACUUGUGCCACUAAGCAAAAUGGCGCACAUACCCUCAUCAAUUUACACAAAGCGCUGCAAUCUUUAUGUGCUUCCAGUUGAAAGUGAGGAUUAUAAGGGGUACAGAGUGCAGUUGCUGGCCACAUGUGGGUGGAUAGGUAACAAGCCAGUGGGUAUUCCUGCUACAGGAACACAAGAAGAUGCUUGUAUAUUGAUCACUCACUUAAAUAUAGAUAAUAAAGCAGUUGUGAACUCAAACCAAAAUCAUACAGACACAAAAAGCACCACAACAUUCGAGAAAAAUAAUUCUUCUAUAAACAAUAAUAAUCUUUCUAUUAUCAGUGGAAAAGAAUUUAAGAAUUUUGUUACAGUUAAAAAUAAUCUAGAUGAUAUACGUGUUUCUGUAAGUUCUCACAGCACCAUAGAUUUUACACUUAAAAAUAAAAAAAAGAAAAAUAAAACUCGCAUGUCUUCAGAAGAUUCUUCAGUGAAUGUGAAUACUUCGUCAAUUUCAAGCAUUUACUCCAUUAGUAGUUCUGUCAAUGGGACUUCAAGUGGUGUACCAGCCAGCACACAGUGCUGCAUGAUAGGUUUAAGCGAUGACCAAGAACUGCUCACUGGAGAGGUAAUGGAAGUUCAUUCCAACAUGGGGAAACUUAAAGAUGAAAAUGGCACCCAACAUUACUUUUCCCGAGAUCAUUGUUACCUGUAUGGCAUCAGCCUACGGCAGGUGGAGCUUUGGCAUGUUCUUAUGCAUGGUCAACAAGUCCAGUUCAGGCUUACCAAGACGAGCACAAAUCGAGUGAAGGUUACGGAAGUUGUGAUUGGUGUACACGGUUUAGAGGACAGGCAAAACAUUUCAUCCUAUGUAUAUCAGUGGUGCAAGAAUAAUGCUGUUCCCGAUAGUGCUCAGAACAUGCUGAUGAAACAGCUGGAAGACCUUGAACAAUAAUCUCUUCAUUGUAUUGCAAGAGUCAACGAGGAAAAAUGUCCACUCUUUAUUUUUCCCUCCUCUUGGAAUUGCAUGGUUUUGUAUAGCCUUAGUGUUAUGUAUUCACUCGAACAGCAUUUUGUAUAGCCCAUAACCUCAGUGUGGUACGGUAGUUGCAUUUAUUCUUUACAUUAAAUUUCACAUAUGUUCAUCAUGUGCUUAAGGUUAUUAAUGAAUUAAGAAUAUUUUAUAAUGUAAACUUUAUUAAUUGUAAGCCCUAUAAUUAUGUUUUAAUUUUUAAGUAAGGUGCACACCUAAACUAGGCAUGUUUUUAAUUUGAUUUUUCUUUUAAGAUUGUAUAGCAUGUAAAACUAUGUAAACACACACAAAUUAACAAAAUUAUGAGGACACUACCUCUCUCUAAAGUACAGUUCUAACCCAUGAUGAUGCAAGGCGAUGCAGUCUUGCAUUGGUGGUACCAAAAUACAGUCGUAUGUCGUAUUAUAAUAUGUAUAACCAAGGCUGACAGGUAUACUGUAUGUUGUAUAUGACACCACCAAUGUCAUUGCUAUUUGGAGUACUAUACAGUGGACCCUUGAGUUUCGUAAGCCUCGUGCUUUGUAAAUUUCGCCUUUCGUAACUUUUUUUCAUCAAAAUAUAGCCUCACGGUUCGUCAUUUGCCUCGCAAUUCAGUGGUCGUAUGGAAUGCAUCUGAGAGCAGCCUCCACUGUCCGCACCUGCUUGCAACUGCUAAAUAAGCCACCAUUGGCCCAAAGAAAGCUUCUAGUGCCAGCUCUAUGGUAAAGAAGGUGAGAAGCAUGAUGAAAUUCAAGAAAGAACUCAUUGCAAGGUACCAGAGUGGAGGAGAGAGAGAGAGGGGAGAAUGUGCCUUCUUCAGUGAUUCAAUGAUUCUACAAUAUGUACGAUACUAAAGCAGCAGGAGUCGAUAAAGGCUAUGUUACGCAGAAAGUGGGAUUGCCUGGGUGCUAAGGCCUUGUCUAAGGGCAAAGGUAAAAGUUACACACAUCUCAGGCAGAAACAGGCCACCCAGGGCUAUCCCAGUCAAAACAUAAAGUGUUAAACCAGCAUUUAUUACUUCAAUGUGUUGGUUCACAGAGGGUUAGGCAAAAUUCCUAGCUAGGAAAAUAGACAUUUAUUAGGCAUAACACUAUAUACACUCUCUAGAAAAACACCUUCCUAUAUCUCCUAUCCUGAAUACCCAAAUAACGGUACACAAGGAGCAGGUGACUGAUGAGUCCAGCAAAACAUAAACACUUAGCCCAGCGUGCGCCCGGCCUUCCCUACUCCACUACCGACACCAUUUCAUCUUAUGUCCUCACUCAUCCCACAGAACCCUGACCAUAUCAGAGCCUAGGUAAGCAUAAAGGUGAAGCAUAGAAGAGCCUAUGGCUUAAGUUAGCUAAACAAAAGGAGUACCCAACUUCAAAACUCGGCUUAAAUACACGGCGUCCCAGACGCCAACCUUCACCCCAUGCUGCCUCCAUGUGACUGAACCAAGCCACGCCACCCACGCAUACCCGCUAACGAAACACAGUUGGAAAAUAAAUCCCUGGCAGGAUUUCCUUACAUUUACAGUUUAAAGUACUUUACAGUACCCUCAAAUGGACAUUAUGAAUUAUAAAAUUAAGAUUUACAUUUGUAACAUUCAUAUUUUUAUGGCACACUUCUCCACUAUAUAUAUAUUACAAUGUCAUGCAGAACCCUGCAUAACAGAUUAUAGCGCCAGCCAGCAAUAAAGUGUAGCAUUAACAGUGUAGCAAGUAAGUUAAGCGAUUAAGUGAUAGAAAAAUGACGACACGAAACUUAACUCUUCCAUUGUUGUUUGAGGUAUAUAAGGCACUGACAACAUAUGCCGCCCUCUUCUAGCAUCUCCUCCAAAGUAAGUGUAAAUAUUUCUUAUUUAUAAAUUACGUACACGUACAUUGUUUGUGAAUAGUGGUAAUGGCCUCUGCUGCCGCUCCCUACUACUAAUAUAUAUGUAUGGCAUAUGCUCUCAGUGGCCCUUAUAAACCCAACAACAACACACCACCAUCACUUGUGACAUAUGUAAUGGUGUAUUUUAUUCAUUCUAGAGUAUCAUAUUUCUAUGUUAUUAAUAUUGUUUAUUAUGUCAUAUUAGAUGAAUUGCGAUAGAUAUAUAAGCCAUAGAGUUGAUAUUAGCUCAUCACAUUUAAGUAUUUUGUCCUGUCUCCAAACACACUCCCUCUCCCAACAAGGGUCUUCAAUAAAAGUGUGUAAUAGAGAUUUAAAUGUUCAUUUAUCCAUUUCGUUAGUGCUUUAUAUUUAUUUCUCAUUGUUUUCUGCAUGAAAGCCUAUAUUUAAUCUCUAAAAAAUGUAUUUUUUGUUAAUACUUUUGGGUGUCUAAAACAAAUUAAUUGGAUUUACAUUAUUUCUUGUGGGGAAAAUGGUUUCGCCAUUUGUAAAUUUUGCCUUUCGUGAGACUCUCUGGAACAGAUUAAUUACAAAAUUUGAGGGUCAACUCUAUUAUUAUACUGUGCAGAAAUAUCAGUAUUUGUUUUCCAUGAGAUUUCAUCCUGAUGCUGUGACUGCCAGAUUGUUACUCAACAUUUUCUCUCUCAUGGUAUCAGGGACUCAGAGAUAGUAAUACAGUUGGUAGAAUUACCGACAAUAUGUAAAGUAAAAGGAUACAAGUGCAACAAAUGUGACAUUUUUAUUGUGGCAACGUUUCACUCUCCAGGAGCUUUGUCAAGCCAGCUUGACAAAUCUCCUGGAGAGUGAAAUGUUGCCACAAUAAAAAUGUCACAUUAGUUGCACUUGUGUCCUUUUACGGCUCAGAAAUAUUUUUGGCUUUAUAUAGAUUUGAUAUAUAUGAGAGCCAAGACACCCACCUAAUGUAAAUUAGAGAUUGAUGUGUCUUGCUCAGUUUCUCACCACACUGGUAUGAUUAUUUUAUCCCCAUUUUAAGGCUUUAUGGCUUAUUCCAGUUAGUCCUGUUUUGUUGUGUUUUUUAUUUUUUAAAUUAGUAUAAUAAAUUCCUUAGUUUAUUUAUUGAUAAUGAUGGGUAUAUAGUAUUUAGAAGUUUCUUCUGAACACAGUGUACAUUAUUAUAAUUUGAUGUUGCUUCUUUGUAUUAAUGGCUGAAUGAAUUGUUGCUCUGGAAGCUGUGAUGGGUUCAUAAGCUUUAUUAAAAAAAUUUCAGCUGCUUGGGUUAUAUAUUUCACAUAGUAUAAAGUUAGUAUAAGAAUAUUUUAUUAUUUGCAUUAUAUUGUACAGAUGUAACUUUUAUUCUCCUUCCUCCUCCAGUGUGUCAGCCUGCCUUUAUCUUUCCUUCCUCCCUUCCUCCACCUCUAUUCCCAAUUUUUUUGUCUGUGCAGCUUGGCUCUUUUCUGGCCAGGUGUCCAUUUUCAUUUUACUUGGUGCAAGAUAGUACAUACUUCAAUUUAUAACCAUUCAAUUUCACUCAUUGUAUUUCCUGCACUCAAAUCUGUUUUUCUUGUAGUUAUUCUUUUUUUUAUGAACAUUACUAUAAACCAAUUUAACUGUUGUAAUAAUAAAGCUAAUGACUGCUGAGAGCUCGAGGAGAAAAGGACACAAGUGCAUUCACUUAGGACACUUUUACUGAAGAUAUUUUAUUCCUUGGACCUUCAUCACUUCAGUUGUAUGUGUAUGAGAGAAGACAGGCUAUAUAUAGGGGCAGGAGAAUGUAGAAAUAGUAUUGGUGGUGGUUAUUACUACUGCUAAUAUCAGUUACUGCUAUUAGUGGUAAUAUCAGUUAGUAAUAUUAAUACUACCAGUAACUAUUUAUAAUACCACCAUCAGUUAUCAUUAAUACCACCAUUAUUACA